AUGGCAGAAUUUAAAGGAAGUGUCUUUGGUUGUGACAAGCUAGUCGAAAACAUUAAAAAAUGUCCUUUCGAGGCUAUAAACUCUGAAGUUGACUGUCAUGGAAAUAGCGUGUACUUUUUAAAGCAAACAAUUUUUAAUGCAUGCGGUACCAUAGCAUUAAUUCAUGCAUUAGCAAACAACAUUAGUGAAAUCGGCUUAGAUCCAGAAUCUGUAAUAGGAAAAUUUAUUGAUGAAACUCAAAAGAUGACAGUGGAAGAAAGAUCUCAUUAUUUAAAGCAAAAUAAAGCUAUUAAUGAAGCGCAUGAAGCUACGGCUUGGGAAGGAGAGGAGAGGCCAAGUUGGUUAAAUGAUUCUGUUUGUUGCCAUCAUUACAUCACAUUAUUACAAAGUGAUUCUAAGCUAUAUCAAUUAGAUGGAUUGAAAGAAUAUCCAGUAUCUCAUGGACAUACAUCUGGAGAAACAUUUUUGUCAGAUGCUGCUGAAAUUUGUUCAGAAUAUAUUAAGCAAGAUCCUUCAAAUAUUAAAUUUAAUGCUAUGGCAUUAGUCAAGGUUUCCUAA